GGCGUUUCAUCACGGCAGACUCGUCCUUCAUCGAUGGGAGGGAGAAGGCUGUCCUGGUGAGCCCAGUGUUAGAGAUUCUGGACUGGAGCUGUCUAAGGCUGGUCUACCAGAUCACUGGAGCUGGCUCUCUGCAGCUGCAUCUCAGACCAGAAGCAGACAACUUUGACUACAGUCUAUGGAGUGCAGACAAGCCUUCAGACAGCUGGCUCAUUGCUAGCAUAGACCUGAGAAACACUUCCAACGCAUACCAGCUCUUGAUGGAAGGUCGACCGAGUGAGGAUGCAGGCAACAGUGUGGCGAUCUUUGAAAUCCACAUUGUACCAGGCUACUGCAUAGAGUGUAACUUUGAGGAGCACCACCUUUGCGGCUACAGUAACCACUGGAACCCCAAUGUCAACUGGUACGUUGGAGGAAGUCUGGCCCGAGACCCACAGUCCAACCUGCCUGAUGAUCACACCAUGAGCAACCAGAGAGGCCACUACAUGUAUGUGGACUCGGUUUACGCCAAACGGUUCCAGGAAGUGGCCAAGCUGAUGUCUCCCAUGACGACUACGCCGAUGUCGGGCUGCCUGACGUUCUACUACCAGCGGGACCAGGAGAGAGGCAACAUCUUCUCAGUGCUCACUAGAGACAUACUGGGACACUACGAGGAGAUCUGGAGACCAGAGGUCUAUGCUACACCCACCUGGAGGCUGGUCAACGUGGACAUCAAGGCCCCACACCCCAUGGAGGUGGUGUAUGAGGUUGCCUUUAACAGUGCUCGUGGAGGAUAUGUGGCCAUUGAUGACAUCUCCUUCUCUCCAGAGUUCUGCCACACAGAGACAGAGCCUGUGGUUGACCCGUCCAUUGCCAACUGUGACUUUGAGGAGGGUCUGUGUCACUACUACCAGGAGAGAGUGGAGGGCAAGGUGUGGAACAGAGUAUCAGUGAAACCCAACGCAUUCAGGAUAGGAGACCACACCACAGGGACUGGCUCGUUCCUCCUGGCAAACACGCGCUUCACGUCGCGGCCGGGUUAUGUGGGUCGUCUCCACGGUCCCUUCCUACCCGGCAACCAUAGGUACUGCCUGCGUUUCCACUACGCCCUGCAUGGCUUCAGGAAGGUGGACAAUGCACUGGCGCUCUACAUCUACGAUGAGAACAACGUGGCUCAGGAAAAGGUCUGGAGCCUCUCUGAUACCACCAGAGACAUCUGGACCGAGGUGGACAUCACAUAUAUGAAGCCCAUGGCUACCAAGGUAGUGUUUGUCAGCAUCUGUAAGAACUUCUGGGACUGUGGUCUAGUGGCUGUCGAUGACAUCACAGUGACCAUUGGGGACUGUCGAAUCACAGCAGGGCCGUUGAGACGCCUGCCUGGCCAGUGUAACUUUGAGACAGGGGACUGUGGCUACAACCAGGAGAAGACAGACAAAGGGGACUGGCUCCGGGUGCGAGGACAGACCCCCACCUCCUACACCGGGCCCCGAGGGGACCACACUACAGGGGUGG